GUUUAUGCAAACAACAGCAUAUAACUCCGUAUGACUGAACGGUUAACACUUACUAGAGGACGAAGCGUGCUGAGCGACGACUGUCCCGCGAAGGGCUGAGUGGCUCACGCUGCUUGCCUGUGUGUGAUGUUGGCGCGCAGUCGAGGUCGGCGGGCGCGGGGCACGCACACUGUUCUGUAUAAGUCAGCUAUUUCUGUGUUAACGCACACCGGCCUUGGCUCAUUUUUUGUGCAGCACAUAUGUUGUAGCAGCAUGCCGCCACACAGUUCCGACCUGCGGGCAUCGCGCACUCGGCGGUCUCCGGUUUAAUUCCCCUCAGCCUGUCUCCGACUCUGAUUAGCCAGUGAGAUGUCGUCACCAGCAGAUUGACUUUUUUGUUCUAAAUGCAUGGGGCUGUCCUGCUUUGUAUACAGUUCAACAGAGGCAAAGACUGGAAUAACUUGUGAAUAUUCGCCGCCAGAGUCCGCGUAAGGGGACGGUUUGAGCGGUCGGCGCUUUGCCUACAGCUGCACAGUUGUCAGGGCCAGCAGCGGAGCGGCACCGCUGAGCUUUUAACAGAAGUGGAGAAGCAAGGCGAACUUACCUCAAAUAAAAGUUAGGUUCGACAUGGAUAAUAUUUAUUUAACUUUCUCCUGCUUCGUCGUUUGUUUCUUUUUGGAUCCCUGGGUGAACGCAUUAAAAACUCAAGCAAACCUGUCAGAGAAACUGAGUGAAUAUGGGCUAAUGGUACCAUUCAGUACGGAUUCCCAAGGUCACUAUAUUUCACAUGUGGUCUCUGCUACAAACAGUGUCAGAACCUUGGGAAGACGAAGAGCUCCUCGUAGCAUCUGGGUUCCUUCCAAAUAUAAUAUAACUUCUAGCCAACAUGUGUUUUUCAAUGUCACCAUCUUUGGGAAGGAAUUACAUUUACGGCUAAAGCACAAUAGUCGUCUGGUUUCCCCUGAUGCCUCAGUGGAAUGGCAAGAAGACUUUGAGAAAAUAUCUAGGGAGCCAAUGAAUUGUCACUGCACUUUUACUGGAGAGGUGACCGACAUGCCAGGAGCAACUGUAGCCAUCAGCAAUUGUGAUGGGCUGGCUGGGCUAAUACGAACAGAUAGUGGUGAAUUCUUCAUUGAACCCCUGGAAAAAGGCCAGCAAGAAGUAGAAGAAAAUGGACGUGUGCAUGUUGUCUAUCGUCGAUCUGCUGUUAGAAAUGAAGUGUCAGAAACAACGGAGAGUGAAGGCCCGCACUUCGGAAUAGGAGAGUUCCCUAAUUCACUGGGCAUAAUAGAGCAAGAAUUAAUACAUCCUGAUAGAAAACGAAGACAUGCCAAAAAAGAUGACUACAAUAUUGAGGUGCUUCUAGCAGUAGAUGAUUCUGUAGUCCGAUUCCAUGGAAAGGAGCAUGUACAAAACUAUGUCCUGACCCUCAUGAAUAUUGUGGAUGAAAUUUAUCAUGACGAAUCUUUGGGAACCCAUAUCAAUAUUGUCCUUGUACGAAUUAUAAUGGUGGGGUACCGUCAGUCAGUCAGCCUUAUUGAAAGAGGGAAUCCUUCCAGAAGUCUUGAGCAGGUUUGCCGUUGGGCACACUCACAACAGCGGGUAGACCCUGAUCAUUCAGAAUACCAUGAUCAUGCUAUCUUUCUCACAAGACAAGAUUUUGGACCUGCAGGUAUGCAAGGUUAUGCUCCUGUGACAGGAAUGUGCCACCCUCUAAGAAGCUGCACCUUAAAUCAUGAAGAUGGCUUUUCCUCAGCAUUUGUAGUAGCUCAUGAGACAGGUCAUGUGUUAGGAAUGGAACAUGAUGGACAAGGAAAUCGCUGUGCUGAUGAGACCAGUAUGGGCAGUAUAAUGGCACCACUGGUUCAGGCUGCAUUCCAUCGUUAUCACUGGUCAAGAUGCAGCAAACAGGAAUUAAAUAGAUACAUUCACUCAUAUGACUGCUUACUGGAUGACCCUUUUGAGCAUAAGUGGCCCAAAUUGCCAGACCUUCCAGGAAUCAACUACUCAAUGGAUGAACAAUGUAGAUUUGAUUUUGGUGUGGGAUACAAAAUGUGCACUGCAUUCAGAACAUUUGACCCCUGUAAGCAGCUUUGGUGUAGUCAUCCCGAUAACCAGUACUUCUGCAAAACAAAAAAGGGUCCACCUCUUGAUGGAACAGAGUGUGCCUCAGGAAAGUGGUGUUUUAAAGGUCAUUGCAUAUGGAAGACUGCAGAUCAAAUUUACAACCAGGAUGGUAACUGGGGUUCAUGGGGCAAAUUUGGAUCUUGCUCCAGAACCUGUGGUGGUGGAGUCCGUUCUCGCAGCAGACAAUGUAACAACCCACCUCCUGCUUAUGGUGGAAGGGAUUGCCUUGGAUCAGCUUUUGAGUAUCACAUGUGUAACACUGAAGAUUGUAGUGGACCAUAUGAAGACUUCAGAGCUCAACAGUGCUCACAGAAAAGUUCAUAUUACCACAAGAACACAAAACACACUUGGCUUCCAUAUGAGCAUCCAGAUGAGGCACAGAAAUGUGAGCUGAUUUGUCAGUCUAAAGAAACUGGAGAUGUAGUAUUCAUGAACCAAGUAAUACAUGAUGGUACACGUUGCAGUUACAAAGAUCCUUUUAGUGUCUGCGCAAGAGGCGAGUGCCUGCAUGUGGGUUGUGAUAAAGAGAUUGGCUCAUACAAACAAGAAGAUAAAUGUGGAGUGUGUGGUGGAGAUAACUCACACUGCAGGACAGUAAAGGGGACAUUUGCAAAAACCCCAAAGAGACCUGCUGGCAUGCUGAAAAUGUUUGAUAUCCCAGCUGGAGCUAGGCAUAUCCUUAUAGAAGAAACUGAACCAUCACCUCAUGUAAUCGCCAUUAAGAGUCAAGCCUCUGGUAAUUUCAUGUUAAAUGCAAAAAGUGAUGAACCGAAGUCAAAAACUUUCAUUGAAGGUGGUUUGGAGUGGGAAUACAUAAUUGAAAACGGAAAAGAAAGUUUGAAGACAAUAGGUCCACUGCAUGAAAGCAUUAUUGUUUUGGUUUCACCUCAAGAUGAUGAUUCUAAAAGCAGCUUGUUGUACAAGUAUAUUAUUCAUGAAGAUCUUCUUCCAGUGAUUGGAAAUAAUAAUGUUCUUCUUGAAGAAAUGGAAACUUAUGAGUGGGCCUUAAAGAGCUGGUCUCAUUGCUCCAAACCAUGUGGAGGAGGUAUUCAAUAUACUAAGUAUGGAUGCCGAAGAAAAAGUGACCAGCGCAUGGUACACAGAAAUUUCUGUGACACUAAUAAGAAACCCAAACCAAUUAGAAGACGUUGCAAUGCGAACAAAUGCAACCAACCUAUGUGGGCAUCAGAAGACUGGGGCCAGUGCAGUAAAAACUGUGGGAAACUUGGCUUUCAAUCCAGAGUAGUGCAGUGUCUUCAGUCACUUCACAAUGGCACUAACAGGACAGUUCACACCAAAUACUGCUCUGGAGAGAGGCCAGAGAGUCGCAGGCCAUGUAAUCGCUCACCAUGUCCAGCACAGUGGCGAACAGGAGCCUGGUCUCAGUGCUCUGUGAGCUGUGGUGAAGGAAUUCAACAACGACAAGUUCUCUGCAGAGCCACUGACAACAGCAUUGGUUUUUGUGAAGGCGAAAAGCCAGAAACAGUGCUUAUCUGUAAAAUGGUACCUUGUCCAGAAAAAUCCAUCCUUCCUUCAUUGAGCACAGAAACUAUUCAAAAUGUAACCCCAAAGGUUCAUUUGGUUUCCCAGAAUGUUCCAAGAAAUCCUGUUAACAAGAUUUUAACAAAUGAGCCUUGUCAUGGAGAUAAAUCAAUAUUCUGUCAGAUGGAAGUCUUGGCCCGCUAUUGUUCCAUUCCUGGAUAUAAUAAGUUAUGCUGUGAAUCCUGUAACAAACAAGUAGAUUCAACUACAGAACCUCCCAACUUGGAGAAACUGGCUUCUGACAAUAAAACUAUAGAAGAUACAGUGCAAGUUCGUCCCAACCCAAGCCCUCUUCCCAUACCAGAAUCAACAAUACCAAACCCCCUGAAUCAAUCUGAAAUGAUAAGUGUUGCUGCUAUAAACCAUAAUAAUUCAACUCCUGUUCUUUCAGAACUAAUUGUCAAUACAACAGUCUCUGUUGCAUCUGGUACCUCUGUAACAAACUCAAGGGUUCAUAACACCUCAUCUGUAAACAAUGAACAUAUUAUAACUACAAUUAAACUACCUCAUGUCCAAAAACUAACAGGUACUGAAGCCUUGGAGAGUUUAGAUACCACUUCUUCGCCACGGCUUACAUUAAAAGCUGAUAUGACUUUGCCUGGCUCAAACCUUAGGGUGAGCACUUUAAGUUUCUCAGGGGUCACCAAAUCAAAAAGGGAUGAUUCUGUUUCUGAGAAAGACUUGACGCACAGAACCUCACCUGUGGUGACAUGAUUUCUGAUGUCAAAUGGAAACACCAUUGACAACAAAGUGUCACUGCUUGUUCUCAUUCUUCUUGUUUUUUCGAAGGCACUUUUUAUUUUCUCCAAUUGCUGUAAGUAAAUAAUUUCUGUGUAAGUGAACAUCGGUAGGCAAAUGAGGCAAAUGGUUACCUCGUGGUUUGACAAUAGAUGUGUAACAACUUGCUUAAAACAGCUGUUACGGUACAACUUCCUCUGGAAUGUUUUAAACUAAGGCUUUUAAAUAUAAAUAACAUUUCCCACAUAAAUUAAUCACUCUUUAGUUUGACAAAUAUUAGCUAACGGUGGAAAUACAACAAAGCUACCUAUUGCAGUAGGAGAAAAAUUUAAAGCAUUGGAGAUAAAACUUUAGACAAAGUAUAUAGUGCAGAGUAAAUAAAACCAGUAUUAAUAUAAGCUGGUGCUCAUUUGUUAUGUGCUGGUUCACUAGUCUUAAUAAAACAAGUGUUGCAGACUAGUAGCAACACUUUCUGAAUUAGUGUAAACAAACUGUAGAUGUAAGUACUGCCAUUCCAUUGUGACUGGUGCCUUAGUGUAUUUGAACAAGUGCAGGUUACAACCUUGACUUUGCUUCCAGUGCAGUUAUUGUUAUUUAAAUUAUGUUUCCAGUUAUACUGUAUAUAGU